CAGUUGGAAGUCAGCGCUGUGUCCGCGUCGUACCUUUGCCUCUCGUCCCUGUUUGUGCGCUAAAGACCUAAAAGUUGCCGGCAUGCUUCAGAAAAGCACUUCAUGGGUGGCUCAGCAUUGCCGAAGACGAUGGACAAGGAUGACAACAAGAAUGACAGAGGACAACGAUGAACAUGAUGCAGCCCCAGCAUGCAGGCCUGAACAUCAGGGUGUGGUGCCGUCUGGCUGUUGGCUCCCGGGGACCCCGGUGGGCGGAAGGGCGGUGCUACCACAAAACGCGGAGGCAUGACCAUAGGCGGGACAAAGGAGCUGGGGGCAGCUCCCAUCUGGAGUUAUGUCAACUCUUACUACAGAUGCAGCCCCAGCAUGCAGGCCUGAACAUCAAAGUGUGGUGCCGUCUGGCUGUUGGCUCCCGGGGACCCCGGUGGGCGGAAGGGCGGUGCUACCACAAAACGCGGAGGCAUGACCAUAGGCGGGACAAAGGAGCUGGGGGCAGCUCCCAUCUGGAGUUAUGUCAACUCUUACUACAGAUGCAGCCCCAGCAUGCAGGCCUGAACAUCAAAGUGUGGUGCCGUCUGGCUGUUGGCUCCCGGGGACCCCGGUGGGCGGAAGGGCGGUGCUACCACAAAACGCGGAGGCAUGACCAUAGGCGGGACAAAGGAGCUGGGGGCAGCUCCCAUCUGGAGUUAUGUCAACUCUUACUACAGCACUUCCAUGGGACAAUUGCCACCAGCAGUUGCAUCAUUUUCCUUGCCCCCAUUUUUGUUCGGCUCCUUCCUGGAGUCGCCAUUCAUGCCACACGAGUGCCAUCCCCGGACUCUUCCGUGAGAAUUUGUCAGCAAGAUGCCGGCAGUCAAAGCAGUACUUCUGCAAAAAACAUGGGUCCUUAGAUGUACUACAAGCCAUAUUCUUGCUGUACUUGUCCCUACCUUAAACAUCAAAUGGACAAAUGACAUCUUGCACGAGCUGGUAAUUCACAUUGAACUUGCAAACACACGAUAUGAACAUGAUACAGGCAAAGUACAAGCAGUGUUGCAGGGUCUGUUUUACCUGUGCUUUUGCAUUCGUUCCUAUCCGCAGCGUGGUUUUGCUACUUUAGUUUCACAGCCUGCUAUUAGCGACAAAUAGACUCGGGCUGCUAAAGUUUGCAAACUGUCUUGGUCUUGUAGCUUAAAAAUACUUCCUUUGUAGCAAUAGGAAUUGUCACAAUGUAACUGGGACUGGGACCACUCAUAAUUAUGAGAAACAACUUAUUACAUUCUCCUUGUCCCCAUUUUUGCUGUGUUCCUUCGUGGAGUCACCAUUCUUGCCACGCCAGUGACAUCUCUGACCCUUCCGUGGGAAUUUGUCAGCAAGAUGCCGGCGGUCAAAGUAGUACUUCAUUAAAAACAUGGGUCCUUAGAUGUACAAGCCAUAUGCCUGCUGCAUUUGUCCCUGCCUUAAACAGCAAAGUGGCAAAUGACAUCGCCCUGAGUAUGUCAAGCUUAACACAAACUUGCACGAGCUGGUAAUUCACAUUGAACUUGCAGACACAUGCUAUGAACAUGAUACAGGCAAAGGACAAGCAGUAUUGCCAGGUUUGUUUUACCUGUGCGUUCCUAUCCGCAGCGUGUUUUUGCUACAUGGAGUUUCACGGCCUGCUAUUAGCGACAAAUAGAGACACUCAGGUUGAUAAAGUUUGCAAACGUACUUGGUAUUGUAGCUUAAUAAUGGUUCCUUUUUGCAAUAGGAAUUCUCGCAAUUCGACUGAGACUGGGACCACUGAUUAUUGUAACAAACAUAUUGCAACAUCAGGCGUAGCUACGAACUUGGCAUCUUACCAGGAACGAACAGUAGCCUUCAGGAACGCUGUCUAUGGGUGUUUCAAAGUGGGACAGUGCUUUGAUGAAGUCAUUCUUGAUAUGCAUGUCCACUGCAAAUGAGGUGCACAAGAAGCAUUGUGGAAAAGCCACACAUAUUUAAGCAGAAGGAUAUCCUCACGCACACUUAGUUCAUCAGCAUGAAAUUGCAACCAGCGGAAGCAGCCGGCGCACAUUGCAAAACAAAUCAAUUCAACGUACGAUUUUUCGGAUUCCCUAGGGGCCGCGACGUCCGGGAAAAUGAAUGCAUGCCUUUUACGACUGCCCCAGAAGCUCAAGUGCUCAUACUUGGCAAGAGACGGUGGGUGCACACAUGCAUAAUUAAGGAAUACUAGCAUUGAAUGUAGGACUUACGUGCAGCCCUGUGUUAGCUGUGCACAAACGAACACAUGAGUGACGAGUUCUGCAAGCGUGGUUCCAUGGCAGAGCGGUUCCUGCUGCCAUGAAGCCACACAGCUAUGCUGCAGUGAAGCUGCACCUCAAGGCACAAUUCACUUACGUAAAACAUAUACAAAUAACCCACAUUCUGACUUGACGGCUAACUUUUAUGGAUUUUUGGUGCAGAGACGUUGUCUAUGGGUGUAUCAAAGUGGGACAGUGCUUUUAUGAAGGCAUUCCUACGCAAUACGAAGGCAUUAUCUUACGAAGGCAUUACGCACGUCAAAAUACGAUCCAUAAGAAAGAAGCAGUGGCACUGCCAGGUCAGAAGCGCGACCGUGAGUUGGCGGAAUGUGGUAUGUCAAAAUUAACAGCCACAAAUGCUUACGCGUACAAACUGCUGGGGAUUUUUGCACAUGGAAAUGCACAUAAUUUUGACAGGACCACUUUCGUUUAUUUGGACUGACAGACAUUUAAAUUAAGUGGAUUUGAAUUAACAUGAUUCCACCAUAUCUCUAAAGGUGAUCAGUCGAGAUAAACCAUACCACAGUGCUUGUUAUCGGUGGGAAAUGAAGCAAAAAUAGCAACAAUGCACGGUUUUUAUAUUGAAACCUCAUUCUAGAACAAUUUCUCUUCAGUGAAGUUACUCUCCACGUCUUAGCUUCUGACAGCGAAUGUGGUGACAUCCUAUAUUUUCUACAAACCAGCUGCGCAUCGCCUUUAGAUGCACUUUUAUUUUCUCAAAACCCAUGACAGUUGGGUGCACAUUAGAUUCGUUGGCAUGUUAGGUUCAGGUACAUAUAGUAAGUUAGCCAAAUUACUUUCUUAUUCUAUGCCAUAAUUCAUGCACUGUAGCUCCUCACUGGUUAACUAGCACUUGCAGACGAAUACAGUAAAGCCAGAAAAGGCCUCUAGUCCUUUCUGUAAUCCUUGCUUUCACUUUUCACUAAGCAGAGGCUUGAGCAUAAAAUUGCUGAAAAUGGAAGGGUUUCUCUUGAGCAAAUUUGAACAAGGCAAAUGUGACAAAAUACUCGGAAAUCUGCAUCACAUUAACAUGCCAACGCUGUGGUAUCAGCGCAAAAUUUAAAAACCUGCAGUGAAGCCUUCGUUCCUUUCAUCAAUUAAUCAGUUUCUCACUGCAAAAUUAAUUGAUACAGACCUUUCAAUGGACAAUUUGUCAGUCUUAUCUCAAUGAGUGUUUUGCUCUAGUGUCACUUUACUGCCAUUAACAUUCUUCAUGUGCGCUGGAUGUCACAGAUCAACAGCAUGGCCAUAAAUUAUGCAGUUCUGCAAACAGUGCUAUGUGCAGCUACAGUUUCGUACAAGUUUUUGUCAUGCAUACCUCGAGUGCUGCAGCACUUCCAUGGGACAAUUGCCACCAGCAGUUGCAUCGUUUUCCUUGUCCCCAUUUUUGUCCUGCUCCUUCCUGGAGUCGCCAUUCUUGACACGCGGGUGGCAUCCCUGACUCUUCCGUAGGAAUUUGUCAGCAAGAUGCCGGCGGUCAAAGUAGUACUCCUGCAAAAAACCAGAGUCCUUAAAUGUAGUACAAGCCGUAUGCCUGCUGCAUUUGUCCCUGCCUUCAACAGCAAAGUGAAAAAUGACAUGGCCCUGAGUAUGUCAAGCUUAACACAAACUUGCACGAGCUGGUAAUUCACAAUGAACUUCCAAACACAUUCUAUGAACAUGAUACAGGAAAACGAUAAGCAGUGUUGCCGGGUCUAUUUUACCUGUGCCUUUGCAUACGUUCCUAUCCGCAGCGUGGUUUUGCUACAUUGAGUUUCACUGCCUGCUAUUAGCGACAAAUAGACACUCGGGCUGCUAAAUUUUGCAAACUUUCUUGGUAUUGUAGCUUAAAAAUAGUUCCCUUGUAGCAAUAGGAAUUGUCACAUUGUAACUGAGACUGGGACCACUCAUUAUUAUGAGAAACAACUUAUUACAUUCUCCUUGUCCCCAUUUUUGUUCUGCUCCUUCCUGGAGUCUCCAUUCCUGACACGCGGGUGGCAUCCCUGACUCUUCCGUAGGAAUUUGUCAGCAAGAUGCUGGCGGUCAAAGUAGUACUCCUGCAAAAAACGUGAAUCCUUAAAUGUACUACAUGCCGUAUGCUUGCUGCAUUUGUCCCUGCCUUAAACAGCAAAGUGGCAAAUGACAUCGCCCUGAAUAUGUCCAGCUUAACAUAAACUUGCACGAGCUGGUAAUUCAUUUUGAACUUGCAAACACAUGCUAUGAACAUGAUACAGGCAAAGGACAAGCAGUAUUGCCAGGUUUGUUUUACCUGUGCCUUUGCGUAUGUUCCUGUCAACAGCUAGCUUUUGCUACUAUAAUUUUCAAGGCCUGUCGUUAGCGAUAACGAGAGACGCUCAGGGUGCUAAAGUUUGCAAAUUUUCUUGGUAUUGUAGCUUGAUAAUGGUUCCUUUUUGCAAUAGGAAUUCUCGCAAUUUGACUGAGAUGGAGACCACUCAUUAUUAUGAGAAACAACUUGGUACAUAUAAAGCUACAGCAAUGAGGUUACACUGUGGUUUAUAAAGCUGGUUUUCAAGAUCAUACAUAGGUCACCACCGGUUAUGCCCAUGUUGAGCAGUGCUGUGCUGUAAUCCCACAUAGGCCUACAUUAUGUGAUCCUCUUAUCUUUUUAAAAACGCCGUGGCCCCCUGUUGGCCAUGCGAAAGGGAGUGGGAGCCCUCUCAAAUCACUCCACUGCAGUCUUUUCUCUCACCCUUAAUAUUGCAUCAAACACGAAAUAACCUUGUUAAAAAAAUUCCAAGAUUUUGUGUGCCAACACCAAAGUAUUAUUAUGAGAUAUGCUGUAAUGGGAGGACUCCGUAUUACUUUUGACCACCUGGUGUUCUUUUAACAUGCACCCAGUGCACGGUAGAGGGGCGCUUUCACAUUUCGCCUCCCUCGAAAUGCAGCCACAGUGGCCGGGAUUUGAUCCCAUGCCCAUGGUCUUAGCAGUGAAAUGGUGAAGCCUAUACGCCCUCACGGCAGGUAAAUAAUCUUGUAUGCUAUCGUGAAAAGCCAUGUUCUCAGCAUUACUUACCCCCCCCCCCCCUUGCCCAAUUAUAGUCAGUUGUCUCGUAAAACAUGCUUUUACGCUCGAUGCAAAAUCUGGUGUAUUUAUAGAAGACUGAGUUUGAGGAUUUGAAAGGACUAUGUACUACUACAUGACUACUAUGUACUAUGAAGGGACUAUGUUCUAAUCAUGUACUACUACAUGAAUUUGUUGCAUCUUUGUGCUUUAUACAUUCUUGUAAUGUUAUUGUGCGUUACCUUCCUACACUUCAAAUUAAUUUUAUAUGUCUUGAUGCUUGCAGGCACUUAUUACCUUCAUGCAUUAACUCAACAAUCACUGUUAAUUUUCUUUUUUUCCAAUGACCGUUUUUCAGCUGCUAGCUAUUGUUACAAAGUUAUAUGUUGCUCUGUUCAAGAUGUGCCUUCACGUACCUAAACUUUCCCGAAUUUUGCCGCGGAUUCUGUUUUCAAAGCAUCUUGUAUAGUCGGAUUACGGGUGCAAUGCUAAUAGUGAUGCGCAUUCUGGAAUGUACAAUGAAUGUACCCGAGUGUACAAUGCAUGUGCAUUGUGCUCAUUGCAAUUGGUUGUGCUCAUCUUUGCGUGUUACUUGUUUUUCUGGGGAUUCUUGUGCCAAAUAAAGAGUUAUAUUUGCUGCUGAAA